AUGAAUAAACAAUCAAUUACAGAGACACCUAAUGAAUUGACAGGUGAAUUAGAUUCUCUUUCAUCUAUUGAGAUGUUAAGAUUGUUUAGACAAACAGAUGCACAGAUAUUCUCUGGCUAUAAAGAGUACCCUGGAAUCAACGAUACUCUUAUUAUAGAUCAUAUGGUGGAGCUGAUACAUUGCAUACAAUCGCUUACAGUGAGUCGUGAAGUCGACUUUGUAGUGAGUGGUGCCGGUACGAGUGGACGUCUAGCAUACUUCUUGGCACGUUCUUUUGCCAAGUGGACAUCGCUACCAAACGCACGAUAUCACUAUCUCAUUGCAGGAGGUGACCGCGCGCUAACUGUAGGUGUCGAGGGUGCUGAGGACGAUAUCGAGCAGGCACGUGCCGACAUCAACUCUAUCAUGCGACCAAACGCAAUCGUCGUCUACUUUGGUGUGACAUGCGGAUUGUCAGCGCCUUAUGUUGCGUCGCAAAUCGCAAGACUUCUCGAUUGCAAAUCCGACCAUAUCAUCAACGUCGUCGGUUUCAAUCCGUUGGAACGCGCCAGAACUAAUAUCAUUGAAAAGUGGGACAAGUCAUUCGCCGAUGUCAUCAACCAGUUGGAUUUCAAGAGUGGAAAACACUUCUUGGUCAACCCGAUUGUUGGACCGGAACCUCUAACCGGAUCCACCAGAAUGAAGUCCGGAACCGCCACAAAGAUUCUCCUUGAGAUAAUAUUAUCGUUGGGACUCAAGGGUGUGAUGGAACGCACCGAUAUAAAGUCGAUGAUCUAUCAACGACUGAGUCAAUAUGAAAUGGUGUAUCGCGCGACUUACCGGUGUGUUGAGGGUGUCGCGCGCAUAGUAGACGAUGCCGGCAGCUCGUUGUCGAACCACGGACAUCUCUACUAUCUGGGUAGCAAGAGUCUUGGUAUUGUUGGCUUUAUCGAUGCAUCAGAGACAGUGCCGACAUUCGGUGCAGGACACUUGGAUGUUCGUGGAUUCAUUAUGGACGACGAGGAGAAACAAGGUUGGAUGGUAAUGGACAACAAAGACGGUGAUCAAGCUCAUCUCUGUGAACAAUAUCGUAUCUCACAAUCACAUUUCAUCAGCAUGAUUCCCAGCAUGGAAUCAAACGAUACCGUCGUCAUCUCGAUAUCAUCCGACGACUCCAUAGAACUAUAUCAACCGAUUCUAGACUCACUAUCAGCAAAGAACGACAAACGACCAAGAGUAAACAUAAUUUAUUUCAAUCAUGAGAGUAAUUCGAUAAACAAUAACAAUUGUAUUAAUAUAAGUGGUAGUAUCAAUAACAACAAUAACAAUAAUCAAAAUAAUAACAACAACAACAACAACAACAACAAUAGUAGUAAUAAUAAUUGUCAUAGCAAUGGAAAUAGUCAAGUAAAUUCAUUAAAGAAUAGUAGUUGUGUUGGAUCAGGUCUAUCAAUGUUGAAUCUCUCUCAGAAUGUAUACACAUUAACAGUUACCCUACCGUUUAAAACCAUAGAUAGAGUACCGUCGUUCUAUGAGCUAUCGCUAAAGUGGAUAUUGAAUGCUUUGACGACCGGUGGUUUCGUACUGGCCGGCAAAGUCUAUGGUAAUAGAAUGAUCGAUCUCGGACUGACCAACAAUAAGUUAUUCCAUCGUUCGUGCGGUAUCAUUGAGAAGCUGUUUGGUGUUAGUGCACUCGAAGCCAGAGACUCGUUGCUCCGUUCGAUCUACAGUCUCGAGAAGAACGACCAAAUACCAGAGGCAGUCAGUACUGCACCAAUCUACCAACACAUCGACUACGCCAACCAAAAUACAAUCACACAUAUCAUUCCAGUGGCACUCCUCAUGGCAUCGGGUCGGUUCGACUCUCCACUGAAAGCACGUGAAACCAUAAAGAAUACUCCUGUCAUUAGAAAACUAUUACAACAACAUCAAAAUAAUAAUAAUAUUCAACCAUCUUUAUAUUCUAAUUAA